AUGACAGACGAAUCGAUAGAUAUUUCUACGACAAAAGUGUCUUGUGUAGUGGUACGGUUCUUCGACGAGACUUCAGGUAGUAUUGAGAGCAAAUUCUGGAAUAUGCACGAAAUUUUCAGCUCUGAUGAUCCCAGGGCAGUAAACGAAGGAGCAACAGCAGAAAAUAUAUAUGUUAAAUUGAAAAAAUGCUUUACGGAUCACGGUAUCCCUUUAAAAAACAUUGUUGGUUUCAGCUCAGACGGCUGUAAUGUAAUGAUGCGACGCGAAAACUCUGUGGCAUGCAGGUUCAGAGAAGAUUGUCCUGAUAUUAUAAUACUGAAGUGCAUUUGUCAUUCCGCACAUCUCUACGCCAGUGCAGCAUGUCAAAAACUACCAAAUAGAUGCGAACAUUUGGUUUUAUUCACAAUAGCUCAAAACGAUCAGCAGCGC